UUACCAUGAUGUCAUUCAAGCAAGAAUUUUUAAACUACCCAAGAUCAUCACCACCACCAUACUCGGCUCAUUUCGAAAUGAUGAAUUGCAAUUUUGAACCAACAACUGUGAUUGUGAAGAAAUCCGAGUCACCCUCACCGACUAAGGAAAAGUGCAAGCGAGCAAGAACUGCAUUCAGCAGCAAUCAAUUGAUUCAGCUCGAGAGGGAAUUCCAUACCAACAAGUACCUGUGUCGUCCACGAAGAAUCGAGAUUUCUCAACGUCUUGAACUCUCCGAAAGACAAGUGAAAAUUUGGUUCCAAAAUCGUCGCAUGAAGAGCAAGAAAGAUGCUGCUCGAGGCAUCACCGAUUACAUCAAGUUCCGACCAAGUUCGGAUUCUGGAUCAAGUCGUGGAAAUUCAGCACCAGUUUCACCACAGCAUCAGAACUUUGGAAGUCCAAAUAUUAAGAUCGAAGCUCAGAGUGAUGAUAAGAGUCAUGAUGGAAUUGUACAAAGACUUUUGCAGUACAGUCCACAGCGUGAACUUUCAACUCAUCAAGUUGUAACCCCAGUACAAGUUCAACACCAGGCACAACAUCAACAACAACCUAUGCAGACUACCAACUAUCAAACAGUCAACGUAAAUGAUAACAUGGAAGUUCCACGAUACAUUAAUCCUUAUCAAAUGCAUAGCAACUAUCCAUCAGCACCUGUAUCCCAUCAGCAUCAAAGCAACCAUAUAAAUGCUGGAAAUAACUUUGUCUCCCAGAAUUAUGCCACCCCAACCUCUAACGAUUUUCCUUCAAGCGAUAGAUUGAACAAUGUCUUCGAUCAAUUUAUUCCAAAUUUCUUAGACUUUGCAAUGGGCAGUGAUUUGACUUAUGAACCUGCGCAGGCGUACGAUAACAACAAUAGCUGCGAUCUUUCACCAAAUUCAGCAAGUGACGAAAGCUGGGCUUCGAGUUUUUCCGCACUACCAUCUGAUAUUGACUUAACAGCUCACCGAUUGUUAGAAUUGUAAAACUUUAGUAAAAUAUUAUUUUUGUUGAUAUUGUAAAUAAAAUAAGUUUUAAAAAA